AUGUCGAAUCUGAAUCUCAGUGAUGAGAAACCACCGAGUGAUGGUUGGGUCGUUAAGAAGACCACUAUUUACAUUCUGGUUGCAGUUGCCCUUAUAAUUCUCACUGGUGCUGUGUUGCUGGCGUAUUUUGUUCCCGAUAGAGAGUGUGAAGUGACCCAAAUUGAGUUACCAGAUGACCCAGAAACGAUCAAGAUGCCAACACCUGUUGACAUCCCAACAACUGACCCAGUACCAGAAGCCAGGUUACCGGCUACUGUGAUUCCAUAUCACUAUGAUGUUAAACUAAAGGUCUAUCUUGAUGAACAAUUAGACGGUGACAAAUAUCUCGAUAUUGACGGUGAGACUGAUAUUUACGCGAUCUGUGAAGAAGCAACAGACGAAAUCACUGUGCAUAUACGAACGAUGACUGUCCACAGCUGUGAAAUUUCUCAAACAGACAAUGACCAGCAGAUUCCUGUCUCAACCACAGAAGCAGUCUCCGAAAAUGAGUUUUACGUCAUCAAGCUAUCACAGAAAUUGGAAGUCGGACGGGAGUAUAGAAUACGUUUCACUCAUACGGGUACUUUAAAUCAGACAGAUUACUACGGAUUCUACCACGCCAAAUAUACAGAGAACGGAGAAGAGAAAAUAUUUGCGGCAACUCAAUUUGAAUCACGCCGUGCACGUUCUGCCUUCCCAUGCUUCGAUGAACCAGCACUGAAGGCAACGUUCACCACUACUCUGAUUUAUCGACCGGGUCGUAUUGCAUUGGCCAACACAGAGGUUGUCAGGAAUGGUACUUAUUUAGAAGGAUGGAUUGAGACUGAAUAUAACAAGACAGUUCUGAUGUCUAGUUAUUUGAAUGCAUAUACCAUAGGUGACUGGGAAUGUAUCUAUAAUACAUCAAGAAACAACAUAUUUUUUGGGGUUUGCUCUCAGCCAUCGCUCAUUGAAGACACUGAGUAUGCUCUGUAUACCGGUAUGGACCAAAUGUCAAUGUUCGAAGACUUAUGGAACAUGCCGUUCCAUAUGACAAAGACGGACAUGCCGGCGUUGCCAGUGUUUUCACCAGGCGCUAUGGAGAAUUGGGGUUUGAUUCUGUACCGUGAGAAGUACAUCAUUUACAACCCACGUGACUACACGCCUAGUAGAAAGCAGGGCGUAGCGGGCGUAAUUGCACAUGAAUUGGCACAUAUGUGGUAUGGAAACGCCGUUACAAUGGAAUGGUGGAACGAUCUAUGGCUUAAUGAAGGAUUUGCUACUUAUUUCGAAAACUAUGGAUUAGAUUACUCAGUAUCUGGCUUUUAUACAUUUGACCAACUGUUUCUGAAGGAUGUAACCUACCGGGCAAUGAGAGUUGAUCAAACCGGCACCUCAACACCUGUGAGUGCGGAGAGAACCGUUGGUAGAAUGAUAUAUGAAAAGGGUGGCUCUUUAAUUAAUAUGAUGGCUGACUUCCUGACUCAAGAUUUGCUGUUUGAUGGUUUACGUAAUUAUUUACAUAGACAUGAAUGGAACAACACAAUCACAGAUGAUCUAUGGAUGGCGUUAACUGAAACUGUUGACGCUCAUUUGGGAGUGAGCAUGAAAGAAACUCUAGGCUAUGAUAUGAAAGAUAUAAUGGACACGUGGGUUCUACAGAUGGGUUUUCCUGUUGUGACUUUGACGAGAACAGCGACCAAUUUAGUUACAGCUGAACAAGAGCAUUUCCUACUUGAUCCGAACGAUGAACCACAAGAAGACCCAGGGUUACCACAGUUAGGAUACGUAUGGCACAUUCCUUUAACCUACACACACGAAGCAGAAUUGAACUUUGACAUGCCAAAAAGAACAUGGCUACAUAAAACCGGAGGCACGAUUGAGAUAGAGGGCGCAACUAAUGUAAAUUGGUAUAUUGCAAAUAUCAACCAAACCACGUUCAUACGAGUCAAUUAUGACACCGAUAACUGGAGGAAACUGAUUAUACAGCUGUUGAAUGACCACGAAGUUCUUCCAGUUCGCAAUCGCGUACACCUCAUCGACGAUGCCUUUACUCUCGGUGAGGCGCUGUACCUAGAUCACGUGAUUGCCUUGGAAGCUAUGGAAUAUCUUGACAAUGAGAUCGAAUACAGUCCAUGGCAGGCGUUUGUAGCUGACCAGUGGUAUACAAAGUACAUGAUCUGGAGGACGUCUACCUACGGUAUGUUCGAGAAAUAUGUCCGUCAUUUAGUGACGCCAAACUACAACAGUUUAGGAUGGGGUUUCGAAAAUUACGCUGAAGAGAUUGACUACUAUCGUAUUCUCGACACCACACAGACGGCAUGUUCUUAUAGUCUAGUCGACUGCAUAACUGAGGCAUCUACACAGUACCAAUAUUGGAUGGAAAAUCCCGAUGAUAAUAAAAUCGAAGAGAAUAUGAGAAGUACCGUCUACUGCACAUCAAUUCGAUAUGGCGGUGACGCGGAAUGGGCAUUUGCAUACAAGAGACAGAUGAAUGACACCGAAGAACGAAGUCGUCUCCAAUCUGCGUUGGCCUGCAGCAGGCAACCAUGGACGCUAAAUAUGUACAUGGAGAAAGCAAUGGACGAUGAAUCACUGAGUGUCACCUCUACCAUAGGAUAUGUUCGAGACAACUCUGGUCUAGGCUUUGAUUUAGCAUGGGAUUUCACCAUGAAAUAUUUCGACACCUUGCAUGAGAGCAAUUCAGUUGCAGCCUUUGACCUUGUAUGGUCAUUUGCAAGUAAAAUGAACACAGAGAAUGACCUUUUAAAGCUCAAUGCAUUUGGUGCAAAGUAUUACGAUAUGCCGGGCGAGAGCGCCAACGACUUCUACAGAGCCGUACAGAGAGUGGAGACCAACAUUAUAUGGGCAGAUCGAAAUAUGGUACAAAUAAAGUUAUUCCUGCAAGCGGCUGUUGAGAAAAUCGCGGCAAUGGAAGAAUAA